AUGCGCUUCGAUCGACAAACUUCCUCCCGAAGGACCCGGUGCAUUCUCGUCGACCCCAAAGAUAUUGUCCCAAAACGCCUUCUUGAAGUCGCCAAAGUCGGUGCGCAUCAUGACGAAGGGCCGCAGGAGACGAUUUUCAAUCCGUGCAAGGUAGGAUUCGUUGAGGUACGAUUUGAGGAUCUCGGGUUGGACGAUGAAGACGUUACCGAGUUGGCGCAGCAUCUCGAAGCGGUCGUUCAGCGGUGUGAGGGAGAAGCUGGUAAUGGUGUCUUGGUACAGGGCUAGAUCCUUGGUGAGCAUCAGUCCACCGGUCGCCGAGAUGGGGAAUUUUUUCAGGUGCUCGAGGAGUAAUCUGCGUCACAACCGAUUGACGCCGUGUCAGCUACGACACGCCGUCGAGACAGCAUCAUCAGGUGAUACUCACGUAUGGAACGUCACCCCAACCUCUGUCAAGAAUACCUCGCAAUUGCGCCCGCUCAGACUCGCCACGGCGGCCUCACGAACCUUGACCAAGAAAUCGCACACGAGCAAGCAAGGCUCGGUGUUGAUCUUGGAAAAGGCUUCGUUGUCGUUGCGAGGUUUGAAAUCGAGCUUCUUUUGCUUCGAGAGUAGAUGCGACAACCACGAGACGAUACCUGAUCGGUGA